AUGUCAGGAACAUCACGCUUACCCGUUAGUCUGCGGGAAGGCUUCGAAAAUGCCCGGAGGAGAACCCGGGCGGCGAGAAGCCCGUUGGCCAUGAUCAACUUGGAUCUGAUCCGUAACAUCGUUUUCUUCCUGUUCCUCUGGAAAUGGACGCGCCGCGUACUAUGGAAACUCAAGGGCCGCGGCCUGUUCGGCACGCUGAUCGAAGUGUACACUGAUGUGCGCCGCGUGUUGUACGGCUGGUUCCUCCGGAUGCCGGGUGUGCGGACCCAGGUUCGCAAACAGGUCGAGGAAGCUCUCACCAAGCUACAAGCUAAACUCGUCCCCACCAAUACGACACGCUACCUGACGCUGCCCAAGGAGGGCUGGGCCGAGGACGCCGUGCGCAAGGAACUCGAGACGCUCGCCACCAUGGACCACACGCGCUGGGAGGACGGCUACGUCUCGGGUGCCGUCUACCACGGCGAGGACGAGCUGCUGAAGCUGCAGACGGAGGCGUACGGGAAGUUCACCGUGGCGAACCCGAUCCAUCCCGAUGUGUUCCCCGGCGUGCGGAAGAUGGAGGCCGAGGUGGUGGCCAUGGUGUUGAGCCUGUUCAACGCGCCGCGGGGUGCUGCGGGCGUGAGCACGAGCGGCGGGACUGAGAGUAUCUUGAUGGCUUGCCUCAGCGCGAGGCAAAAGGCCUAUGUUGAGCGGGGCAUUACCGAGCCGGAAAUGAUCUUGCCCGACACGGCACACACAGCCUUCCGCAAGGCGGGCGAGUACUUCAAGAUCAAAGUCCACCUCGUCGCGUGCCCCGCCCCAAGCUACCAGGUCGACAUCCGGCGCGUGGCCCGUCUCGUCAAUAGGAACACCAUCCUCCUCGUCGGCUCGGCACCCAACUUCCCGCACGGCAUCAUCGACGACAUCUCGGCGCUCUCCAAGCUGGCCGUUAAGAAGCGCCUGCCCCUCCACGUCGACUGCUGCCUAGGCUCCUUCCUGGUGCCCUUCCUCGAGAAGGCCGGUUUCGAGACGACGCCCUUCGACUUCCGCCUCAAGGGCGUCACCUCCAUCAGCUGCGACACGCACAAGUACGGCUUCGCGCCCAAGGGCAACAGCACCGUGCUCUACCGCACCCAAGCCCUGCGCACCUACCAAUACUUCGUCGACCCGGCCUGGCCCGGCGGCGUCUACGCCUCCCCCGGCAUCGCCGGCUCCCGGCCGGGCGCCCUCAUCGCCGGCUGCUGGGCCAGCCUCAUGACGGUCGGCGAAACGGGCUACCUCAAGUCCUGCACGCAAAUCGUUGGCGCCACCAAGCGCCUGCUCAGCCACAUCCAAACCCACCCGACCCUCUCCACCGAGCUCGAGAUCCUCGGCAACCCCCUCGUCAGCGUCGUCGCCUUCCGCGCGCGCUCGCUCAACAUCUACGACGUCGCCGACGCCAUGUCGGCCCGCGGCUGGCACCUCAACGCCCUGCAAGACCCCCCCGCCAUCCACGUCGCCGUCACCCUGCCCAUCGUCAAAGUCUGGGAGCGCCUCGCCGCCGACCUCGAGGCCGUCGUCGAUGCCGAGCGCGAGAAGGAGCGCGCCCGCCAGGUCGAGGGCAAGAAGACGCGUGGUGGGGAGGCCGUUACCGGGGAUGCGGCCGCGCUGUAUGGUGUCGCCGGGUCGUUGCCGAAUAAGAGCGUGGUGGUGGAUUUGGCGAGCGGGUUUUUGGAUUUGUUGUAUAAGGCGUGA